GUGUCACAUUUCCCUCAGCCCGGAAUGGCUGUGAGUUUGUGCUCUUCUCAGUGGGGGAUUGGAGAAGGUUUUGGCUGUAAUUAGCAGUCGGAGAAAAAUCCUGCUAAAUAAAAGUGUCUCACCUCUGUCCCCCCUAAGUUAUCCCAGUUUGUCCCAGCUUGGAGCUGCGCAGAAGUCAGGCAGGGGAAAUGACCUCAGGGAUACAGCUGUCAGUUCCAAGGCAGCGAGAGAAGAUGUAGCAGCCAAGGGCAGGGGAGGGGAAAGGUUUCAGAAAGCAUUUCUGUGGUGUAAUGAAUGCCAAUUUCUGCUUGCCCAGGGAGAAGAGGACGAACUCCCAGCCAUUCAGGCCUGACAGUCCCCUGCAGCGAGGGCAUACACUGGAAGAGUUCAGGGUCGAAGACAAGGCUGAGGGAAAAUCCAGGGUAUUUAUAAGGGAUGAUGGGAGGUGGGUCCAGGGUGAGAAUCCAGUGGGUAAAGGGAAAAGUGGUGUAAGGGAGGAGUAAUACAGGGCAGGGGCCGAUAAGGUAGGAUGGGUGGAACAGUGCAGUGAACAUAAACCAGUGGGGGGGGCGGGGGGGUACAGGGAUACAAGAACUUUCCAGAGCUGGGAGGAGACAAGGGAUGACAUAACUGGGAAUAGAGGCAACCAAUGGGAAAUGAGGGUUAUAAAGCUUUACCUUAAAGCUUUGCCAUAAAGAAUUUUUAAAACCUUUGACAACCUUCUUAGGAGCUAUUCUAAACUUAAACAAAUGCCCUCCAAGGUCUGGGGCCAUGGGCCAACUCCUCACCCAAAACACUGGUCUGGCUUGGCAUGUCAGUCAGUCCGAUUCCUACACUGGGCCUCUGCAUGAUAUUCGCCCAGAAGCUGCCUUUCAAGGACUGAAGUGGAACAAAAAGUAUAAAAGAAAUGUCAUUCCCAGAGGGAAAACAGUUUUCAUUUCUCUUGUGUCUACUUUUUUUUUUUUUUUUAACAGUUACCUCAAAAUUCCCGGAUCCAGAACAGCUACUCUGAGUUUUGGUAGAGAUUCCAAAGCGGGAUACAGUAGAUUUCAAAGUACACCUUGGAAAAUCAAUCGUUUGUCUGCAGCAUGCAGCAUGACUCGGAUGAGAGAGAGAGAGAGAGAGAGAGGGAGGAACUCUCUUCACAUCAGCGUCAAAGGAAAAAGUGUUCAGCGACUUACAGUCCAGGGCAGCGUCUUAGCCCAGGUCUCGGGGGCUGUGCGGAGGUUGCUCCCUGGAGCAGGGUCCCCCCGUGAGGAGGAGCCAGAGAUUGGGUCACUGGAGCAGUCUCUGGGGUUUGCCACCCUCGGUGCCACGGGACCGAGCUGUGCGAAGGCUCGAUCCCGUCGGUCCAAAGUCCUGGGCAGCGUUUCCAGCAGCAGGGGCUGGAGGCAUCGGGGGCUGCCUUUGGAGCCUUGUUCUCCCCUUGGCUUUUACAGAGGGUGCCAGACUCUGCCCUUAAGGAUCCAGUGUUGCUUUUGGACGUUGAUCCUGCAGCUGGACAGGCGGUGCAGUGAGGAGCAAGUUGCUGGCUUACGUGAUUUCUGAGUGACCUGUCACAGAAACGGGCAUCUGUGUGUGCAGGUGCUUCCUGGCAAAUCCAGAUGUGACGUGGAAAUCCUAAGGGAGGAGUUCCAGCCUUGACCACGCGUGACACAGGCUUGUGGAAAUGGAAAUGGCCUUGGCAGAAGAGCAGCUGUGAGGUGAAGCAGGACUGCAAUACAGGUGCUGCCCAGGGGGGACAUCUGUGGCCUCAGACAGCGAUGGCCUUGGAGCAAGGGGAGCCUUUGCACAGCUCACCUGCAGAGCUCAGGUGGAUGGGACAGGAUUGGUGUGGCCUGAGAAGUCCUGAACAGCUGUGUCUGUGUUCUGCAGUGCCUUGAAACCUUUCUCUGUCAGGUUUUGGAGGGGUUUCUCUUUAGGAUUUCUUGUGAUGCAGCACCCCGGGUGUCCCUUUGUGCAAAGUCCAGUGGUGAAGGAGGAUUGAGUGAGUGACAAGUGGGGUCUGGCAUGAAAAUGGUUCUGUUAAAAUGGAGCAAAGACUGCAAUAAGAAAAACGAGCAUCCCUUUACUGUCUGAAAGGGUUAGGAAUAAAAAUGCUGGAGAAGGGCACUUUUAUAUUUGAAUUGGUGUCACCUGUCUUGGAUCAAGCCCCACAGUGAGCAAUCCAGAUCAGAAGUGUGUAAGCUGGGAUCCUUUGACUUCUGCAGGGGACUUCAUUUUCUUUUCUUCUUCUUCUCUUCCAGGACCGGAGAAAUGGUUGUGGAAUUAUUAGAUGGCUUUUGUUAGAUGCAGGUUUUAUUUUUUCGGAAGUUUUUUUACUGCAGCCCUUUUAAGAUGGUUUUCAAUAAUACAGUGUAUAGUUUUAUAUUGUUUGUAGGUGGCAUAUGAUAAGAGAUGUUGUCUAGUUAAUGCUGUAUCUUUUAGUUUAGGUGUUGAUAAGGUUUUUCUUGAGUUGAGUUUUGUUUUUGUGUGUUUUUUUUUUUUUUUUGUGGGGUCUUGUUUCUAAAGGAUGCGUUGCUAAGGUUUCUGAUGGUGUUAGGGGCUGUAGCGUAAAGCAUAGGGCUGGUUUUCAGUUAUUUUGUGAUGGCUUUUAUUAUUGUGAGUAUUCAGUGUUUGUUUUGGGGGUUUGAGGUAAUGUCAUGUAGCUGAUUUAUUUGUUUUUUACUCUUAUAAUUGGGAUAUUAUAUGGGUUAUGUUAUUUAUAUUGGCUUGUUAUUAUAUCAAAGGGGUUUUAUGUGUUUGGUUUGUUUGAUUAGUAGUGUAUGUUUUAUUAGUUUUAUUAUUAUAUCAUUGGGCUUUUGUUUAUUAGCAGUAUAUGUUUUAUACUUGCAGAUAAUACGGGAGAUAUUGUUUAUGGUUAUAUUUAUCUUUUGGUUUUGUGUUUAUCUGUAGGUGGUAUUUGUGUAUUGAUGGUUUGAGACAUAAUGGGUUGAUUGAGCUUGGAGUUAACUUCUUUUGGCGUAGUUAAUUUAGGUUUAUUUGUGCAAUUUUUAUUUUUGGGUUUGAUUGGUUUGUUUGUUGUUUUGGUGUUUUUUAUUAUUUUUAUUUUUUGGGAACAUGGAUAUUUAUAGAGUGGAUUAUUUUAGGUAGGUUUUUUUUUUACUGUAGUGGUUUUUUUUUUUUUUAAUAUUUUAGUGCUUUUAGGUUCUUGUAAUGUUGUCAAUUAGUUUGGGUUUUUAUAUUUCUUUGGUUUUUUUGGAAUGUUUAGGGUCAGUUGCCUUGUUCUGAGUUAAAUAAGAUGGUUUGAUUUAUUUUUUGUAGUAGUUCUUGUGAUUUGUUAUGAGGGUUUCUAUACAGUUUUAUUUCUGUUUCAUAUUUAGGAUGUGAUGGGAAUUGUUAGUGACAAGAGUGUAGUGUGUUUCUUUUUUUAUUGCUGGUAGUGGGUUGUAUGGUGUAGGUUUUGUAUUUUGCAGAGUAUUUUUUGCUUUUAUUUAGUGAGAUCCAAGUUUUUGGUUUUAGGUUCAUUUGUAAUUAUUUUCACCUCUUUGGGGAUUUAGAUUUUUGGUGUGAGUGCCCUGCCUGAUGACAGUAAUUGGUUGAUUUCAUGUGGUAUUGGUGGCAUGGUGGGUAGAGGGCAUUUUUGUUUUGACUAUUAAUUUUAAUAUUGGUAGAUGGGAUAGUAGGAGGAUUUGUGUUUUAGUGUUGAUUGGUUUUGAGGUGGUUUGGAUUUUUUGAUAACUUAAGGUGUUUUGUGAGCUGGUGGAUGUUUUAUGCUCUUGGUAGGAACACGAUGCUGUUUUCUCGAGUGUAUCCUUAGGAAGUGGAUUUUUUCAUUAGGUUUUUUGUUUGUUUUUCACGGUAAAAUGUGUUUUUAGGAGAACUUGGGUAACUUUAAAUAUAUUUUUGUUGAAGUUUUUUGUGUACUGUAGAUGAUGUGGAGUUUUCUUUUAGUGUAAUUUGUAUAUAAUCUGUGGUAGCCAGUAGGAUUGUGUUUUUAGUUUUGGGGUAGUUGUUUUUAGGUGUAUUGUACGUUUGUUUGGUGAAGGUAAAUUGAGGUUUGUGUUGGGCUGUUGGAGGAACAGAGAAAAAUGCUUUGGCCAUGUUAAUACGAGUGUGCAAUUCAGUUUGGAUUUUAGUUUGUAUUGGAGUUUUAAUACAUUUGGUUCUGUGUUGUGUAAUGGUGGAGUUCUUUAAGGAAUGAUAGCUGGUAGUAGUUUAUUUUCUGUAUGUUGGUGUAUAGGUUGAAUGGGGUUGUUGAAGGGCGUGUGGGUUUUGUUGCUUAGUUUUGGGUUUUGAGUUACGGAGUAUUUUGUGGAUGGGACAAGUAUCUUGAGUUGGGUGCUGUUGGUAGUGUCUUGUUGAGGGGGUAAUUGGUAUUUGUUAGGGUUUUUUAAAGUAGCUUUAUUACAGUUGUUUGGUAGUUGAGCUAAGGUGUUGAUUUGUUUUCUCUUGGUUUGGCAGUAGAUAUAUAAAAUGCUUAUUUGAGUUUUGAGGGCUUCUGGAACAUUUGUACUGGAAGAGAUUUAGAGUGUUUAGAAUGCUUCACUUUUUGGGUUUGUUAUAAUGGGAUUUAAAUACUUCUCUAGCUACUUUGUUAGGUUUUAUUACAGUUAAAUAUUGUGCUUCCUUGAUUUUGAUAUUAACAGAUAUGGGAUUAGUUUUUCUAUGUCGUGAUGGCUUUAGUGUGUGCUGUGUAUGAGUGUUGACAAAGGUUUUAUUGUUUUGGGUGUCCCUUUGUGCAAAGUCCAGUGGUGAAGGAGGAUUGAGUGAGUGACAAGUGGGGCCUGGCAUGAAAAUGGUUCUGUUAAAAUGGAGCAAAGACUGCAAUAAGAAAAAUGAGCAUUCAUUUUAAUGUCUGAAAGGGUUAGGAACAAAAAUGCUGGAGAGGGGCACUUUUAUAUUUGAAUUGGUGUCACCUGUCUUGGAUCAAGCCCCACAGCGAGCAGUCCAGAUCAGAAGUGUGAAAGCUGGGAUCCUUUGACUUCUGCAGGGGACUUCAUUUUCUUUUCCUCUUCUUCUCUUCCAGGACCAGAGAAAUGGUUCCACUCCUCCCAUCUUUGCCAAAAGCUGUGCUGUUUGAGGAGCCAGAGCCAAGAGGCUUCAGCACCAGGGCUCUGCACUGGAGGGCUCCCGGUCCUGCCCCCGCAGGGUUCCCCUUUUCCUCCCCGCUGGGAUGAAGUGUCUAUGGAAUCUGGGAUC